CGCGCGUCGUCCGCGUCGCUACAAGUACACCGCCUGCUCUCAGCCACCGCGGUCCCACCCCUGCCUGGCCGUUCCUCCCGGUCGACCAUCGCUGCCGCACUCCUACGCGUCUGCGGCGAUACCCUCUUCCGAGUAUCCUGUCGGGUUGGUGGCGAGGUUCAUCGCAGCCAGCCACUUCUGUGGCGGUUGUAAAAAAUGACUUUGCAUCCGGCUGGCCUGUCCUCAAAUACCCUCGAUGACAACCCGUCCUCCUCUUCUACUACCAGCUCCCCUCCACCUACGGGCCUUGAUCAGUGGAGUGAUACGCACGGCACGGUGGUGAACGAAGACGAGAGAGACGUUCUGGAGAUGAACACUCAGGAGGACGUUGUAGCCGCCGCCAAGGUCCAGGUGGUCGCGACCCCUGACAAACCGGUUGCACCCUCUCCGGCAGCCAUCGACUCCGCUCCACAAGACAGUAUGCAGGACCCUGCAUCCGACAUGGACGCUACGAGCGUCCGUAGCAUGCCCGUCGUGCAGGUCACUGAGCCGACAAGUCCUACUCCCGCGAGUGCUCAGAGCGCGUCACACUUUCCGACGAGUUCGUCCGGGAUGGGCUUAUCACCUAACCCGUCGUCGAAUGUCAAUGCUCGACGCAAUCGGCAUCGUACAACUCUUGAUACCCGCGCCUCGAAUCGCUUGUCUGGAUUCUUUUCCUCCUUGAUCCAUCCAGGUCGCCGAGAGACCAUCCCUCCCACUGUCGAGGAGUCUCGCUCCACAUCGUCCACCCUUGUCAACAACACAUCGAGAGCCUCGUCACCAGGACCCUCCCGACCGUCUACUCCGCCCCCGAGAUUACCCCCGCCUAGUCUCACUGAGCUGGGCCUUGCGCUCUCCUCUAUCACGUCUAACAUCACCCCUUCCCAUGCGAACGGUCCGCCCACAAGUGGGGCAUUCCUCAAGCCGCACUACUUGCUGUUGUGCCAUUCUCAGGGGCUGGAUGUACUGUCGCUGGUGUCUCCGCCUUCACCACAGCCCUACGCUCUUAUCAGAAGAGUGUCCUUCAAGAGUGUUGUGGUCAUGGAGCACCGAGGUGUACUCGUCGCCAUCGCCGGCAGGAGGAACGGAGUCAGGGUAUAUGCUCUGGAGGACAUACGGCGAGCGGUCGAGUGGAGGAUCGAUGUCGAGGUUCGGCGUGAGCAGGAACGUGCGCGGAGAGAGGGAGCGAAACGGGGUCCGCUGUCGGCUGUAGAACCUCGCACGGAGAAGAGGCGGUCGUUCAGCAAUGAACGGGAAAAGACGCCAGUCACGCCGUCGGCUGCAACCAAGGCGAAGCGUCGCUCGUCCAUCUCUGUCCUCCCUGCCGUCCCUGCCGCACCUCCAGCUCGUACGACGAACACUAGGCGGCCCAAGACGGCGGAGGGACCCACGCAGUCUCCUACCUCCUCGACACCCGUUGGGCCCCCUCCCGCAUAUACUAGCAGUGCGACGCCGCCACGCGGCCUUGAGCCUCAGCGAGGACUCGAACCACCCGCUAUCGAAGUUGUGCCUACGCGGUCUCGUGCGACUUCGUUGAACGAUGUUCUACAGGGCACCGUGAGCAGACGGCACACCGGCGAGUUUCACAUCGAGCAGUCGAUCGGAGAACGGCCUGACGACUCGAAGGCUGAUUGGGCCUCAACAAGCGACGAUGAGGCUAUAAACGUCGUCGCUGCCCCGAGCGGUAGCCAGGUGUUGGAUGAACGGACUAGCUCUAUGGCUACCGUCCCUACAUUGUCUAACAUGUCCCCGCAGUCGAAUGGUUCCGUUGACCUCAGUCGCACGCAGACGUCAUCCUCUCUGCAACGCCGGAAUCGUCCCGCGAACCUUGACCUAUCGAUGUCGAGGGCCAACUCUACAGCAACUGUAACCGCCGCGCCUCCGUCACCCAACGCCGCGCUGUUGACCUUGCAGCAAGCAUUGUCUCUUUCACCGCAACCUCAUACGCCUCGGGUCAUGCGCAGCAUGAGCUCUGCUGGCACCGAGCUCUCACCUGGACAAGAUGCCGAUGUGGACGGGGAUGCAGACGGAGAUGCGGACGGGGAUGCGGACGGAGAUGCGGACGAGGAAGACGACGGAGACCCUGAUCCUUCUUCCCCUACGACGCCUACGCGCGAGCGAAUCUCUCUUGCCGAAGCUCUCAUGGAAAGUCGUUUACCGGAACUGCCUCCAGCAGGCACUCGCGUGGAACAAGCUCCAAUUCUCCUUAGUUCACAGAGCGCAGCUUCGACGAGCCCUCGCACCUCGGAGUCGGGGACAGUUCUCACGAGACGAAGCACAGGCGAUCAGUCAAACCGUCGACGCCGACGCUGGUCCGUUCUAGAUGGCAUAUUUUCUCAUUCCCCUACGAACUCGCAGUCGUCCAUCCCAACGCUGCAGGAAGACGUCACUUUUGAUCGCGUUGCGUCCCCAUCGGAGAGCAACGACCAUGGUACCCGGGAAGACAUUCCUGUCGUACCCAACCGGCCGUCGACCCUAGCUCGUAGUCACUCGAAUCUUGUACCCGCAUCUGAGGCAAUACCGCCAGCUCGCCCCUCCAACCCUUCCAGGCCGUCGACAUCCCCCGGACGUACCACCUCCAACUCUCGUUCCCAUAGAGAUCGGUCCGCGACCAUAGGCAAUAUACCGCCACUACCAGCCACAGCUCGGUUUCUCCCUCGGAUCAUCACGAACGCCUUCCAAAAUCGGCGGUCCGAUGACCUGCCUGUGCUACCUCGAGUUGGUGACGGUGACAAGAGGCACAUCGGUUUGGUCCCACCAUCGCAAGCACCUGCGCCUAAGCUUGAGUAUGCGAAACUGCCCGGCACGAAGGGUGCAGUCCUCGUCAGGGCUGUGGAGACAGCAAAGAAAAGCUUCUUGGCUAUCCUUUGCGGAGAGAACGGCGAGAAGGUGGAGCUCUUUGCUGGGACAUACCGCACCGCCCUUCAACUGUCUCGGACUUUCAUCCUUCCGGACUCCCCAAGGUCCUUGGAGCUGCAGUUGCAAGGUGACGAUCUGGUUGAAGUAUUCCUCGUGUUUACCCAGAACGUUUUCGGCCUUGAGCCUGCUACGGUACGAGUGCGGGAAGUGAGAGUUGGUCGCGCAGAACGGCGAGCGGCUCGGCGUCGAGCUCGAGGGAAUAGACCUGAUACGUCUGGUGAUGGCGAUGGCGAUGCAAAUGCUGCUGGAGAGGAAGAGACUGCCGUGAGUGUCAAUGUGGUGUCGACAAUCUCCCCCGCUCCUGGUGAUGGUGGCACAGCAAGCCCUGCGGUCACUCCUGCUGGUACGGGAAUGCAGACUCCGGAGGCCGUGCAGUCGCAAGCAGCGGCCUCCACGGACGAGUUGCUUACGCUUGCAGCAGCCCAAUCCAGCCCAUACACUACCUUCCAGCAACUGACGUUUGCCCCGAACUUCCCUCUUGCCGCUAUCGCCGACGAGUAUAUCAUUCCUCCUACGUACACCUCUUUCAUCGACUACCGGAACACGUACGAACCAGAAGUUAAUGGGGAUACGAACGUGGACCUGGCUCAAGUCCAAUUCGCCCAAUUUUCGCCUCCUGGUCUCCCGAUACCUACGCCUGCGCCGCCGUCAAAGUGGUACUAUAGGGAUCCGAAGGGCGUCAUACACGGUCCAUGGAGAGCAACGCUCAUGCAGGCGUGGUACAGGGAUGCUUUGUUGCCCCCGGACCUGCCUGUCAGGCGAGAAGAAGACAGCGAAUACACAUUGCUGAAAGACCUGCGAUUGCAAUGUGUCGACCCUACGCACCCUUUCCGAUCUUCCCCUCCCAUGCCCACGACGCCUACCCAGCCGCAACCUCUAGCUGUCACCGAUUCUUCGAAACCUCUGUUGCCGCCAAUAUCAUUACUGGCUCAGCCCAGGCAUUUCGGACCACCCGCGCUGUUCUUCUCUACGCGCGGUGGACACAGCACUACAAUUGUUGAUGCUCGAGGCAGGUCGGUAUUGAAGGGACGAUUCCUAUGGACCACGGACGACGAAGAUUCAUCUUCGAUCCGCCUCGGCGACGUCAAGCGUCUAGAAGCCUUCGACGUCGACGAUCGUGCGGUCCUCGUCGCGAUGCGCCAAGGCGGUGUCGAAGUUGUCGACUUCCGUGACGCGCUUCUUCGGCCUGCGGAUCAUUCCCGCACGAUCUAUCCUCAUUUCCAGCCUCCGGGCUCGAGCAUCAGUAGGCGCGGGCCUUUCGUGUGGAAGAUCGGCACGCCCCUGAUGUCCACUCCCUCGAUGUCGUCUCUCUCGUCCGCUAACUUCAUCCCUGCGAAGUCACCUUCGCUGACUCACCGGAAGAAGAGCAGCACGGGGCCCGUGAAGUCGCCUCGCUCUGACUUUACGCUCUCUGGCGAUGCGGAUUCCGACAAGACGCAAGACGAGGUGCUCUUCCUCGGUCGGAAGGACGAUGACGUUUACUUCUGCGAGAAGCGGGUGAACUCGUUCCGGAUAUUAAGGUUGUCGCCCUCUGCUUGAUGUUGACGUUGUUAUGCGAGAUAUGCUCUAUUUUUCAUCUAAUACUUGCAGGAUCCGGAAUGCCACUCACGACCUCUGCAUCACGUACAGCCAUGCCCUAGUUGCCCAUCCCUGUCUCCAUAGCCAUAGCAAACCAAGGACGUGACAAUUGUACAGGCGGCAGUCUUAUCCUUAUUUCGCGAG